AUGACAGCGUGGCAAAUGCUACGGCAGAACUGGGAGGCAUUCAAGGCUUGCAAUGACCUGGAGAAGCUGGCAACACUCAAAGCUGAGUUCGAAUCAUCAAAAGCAGAAUUCAGAGGCUUGAUUUCUGUGGUGCGGCAGAGCUCACAGCUUGUGAUGGAGGCCAAAGGAUUUGGAUUGUUGUUUCUUUGGACGAGCUCUUUUAAGCAGUUGACUGUCGGCGGUGGGCUUUUCGCCCUUGUCAAAUCGUCUGCAUCUCUGAAAGUUGUGAUGCCACUUCUGGGGAAGACACUGUUAGCAACAAAGACAGUCCUGUUGACAUGUGGAAGCAAAAUGAUCACUAUGGCCGGCACAGUCACAACAGGGAAUCUUGGGCUGAUGUCUCUAAAAGCAGCAACUGUCUCCUUCCAGUUCGGGCCAUAUCUGGCAAAGAUGAAGCUGACUGCGUCAUGUUUUUGCAAUGUGAAGACCCUCACAGCAAGUUGGACUGUUGCGAAAACUAGCGUUGGAGCUCUUGCGACGAAGGUCGCAGCUUGCAAAGUCUUGGCCAUCUGUGGUGGCAUCGGGCUUGUGGCACUGCCUGCAUAUCGAUUCUACCGUUUCUACCGAGUUCAGACCAACAAGCGCGAUAUGCUGGUUCAUGACACUCGGAGUGCAUUGCAACAAGCAGAGCAUGACAUCAAGGCAGAGACGGCCCUCCAAGCCGAAAUUGCGCAGGGAAUUCGUGACCUGAGUCAGCGUCGUGCCAUGCUAGAAGUCCAGUUGGGCAAGCAGGUUGUCAUGCAGGUAGUUUUCAUUCCCAUCUCGUUUAUCGCAUCUGACUACUUGGUGCAGGGUGUCUUUGCGGUUGUCCGCUGCGUAGGUGUGUCACUUUAG